AUGGACGAGGAGCUUACAGCCGGCUACAAUGAGCCGUGUGUCCAGUGCUCGGCUGUACACUGGGGCAUAUCGGAUGGGGGCCAGUUUUUCUGCAAGAACUGCCACAAUGUGAUCGAGAGAAUCCGAGACGAUGUGGAUGAGUUUUUCGUUACCAGGUCUGCCAGAGCCUCUCGCAUCGCGUCACGGAGACAGAAAAAGGGAAAAACAGGACGAGAGUGGCUUGUCUGCGAAGGAUUUCAGUUCAUCCUGAAGCACCAGGCUGAAGCUUUAGUGAGCCUCGGAGUGGAUCCUCUGUUUAAAUCCAAGGUGCUGAUAAAUUUGUGGAGGAGAUACCUGCAGAAGACCAGGCAGGCAUAUACUCACCAGCCUAUAAGGACAGCAAAGUUUUGUACGGAUAUGACGUCAGAGAGUGAGGGAGAGUCAGUGGGUACGAGGUCCGAGCGGAGCGGACCCGUGUCGGAUAACUCAGAGAGUAUGAGGUCUGAGUGGAGUGAACCUUUGUCUGAUGCCUCAGAGGGCUUUGAUUCAGCUUCUGGCCUCUCGAGUGUGGGCGUGUCCUCCGUGUGGUCGGGCUCUCUGGACGCAGACAUGUACAUCAGCAGUAAGGAAAGGAAAGCCCAUCAUCUCAUGAGCAUGCCCAGAACCCUGGCCCUGUGUCACCUGGCACUGCUCUGGAUGCGAGAGGCCAUCACGCUGUCCGCUCUGCUCCGGUUGGUCUAUGACGACCGCGUUCCAUAUAUCAACGCCUACAAGGUUUUUCCUGAGGAGAUGAAACCAUAUGGAAGAGAUUUUGGCAUCUUCAGAGUGGAGUCUCUCCCCUCAUAUAGGAAGGUCCAUAAGGAGGCAGUGGAGAUGGCUGAGAUUUUGGAGUUGCCCUCCUUCCCCCCCAUUUCAGAGGAGUGCCUGUUACACCCUACUCUCCUUACGGUGCACUACCUACAGGAGCUCAACCUCCCUGAUGAGUUGCACGUUUGGGUGUGUAAGAUCAUAGAAAAAUCCAGAAUAAAGGAAGAGUCCUUCUUGACCUUUGACCCCACGAUACGGAACCCCACGCUUCCGUUCUACGACCUUCAGGCCGCAGCCGCAAUCAUCGUCGCCCUGAAGCUGCUCUACGGCCUGAAUGACAGGACAGAGUGGAUUGUGUCCACAAUUGCAGAGCGAAAGAGACGGGACAAGAAGAAAAAAAAAGGUGUGGAAGACAAAAAGAUAUUCUCUCUAAGGAAGUGGUAUAAAAUUGUCCAGCCAGCUGUCACCCAGGCCAAAGAAAGAGAAGAGAGAGCUUUGGCCAGGAAACAGUGGAAAUCCAUUAAAGUCAUCGUCCCCUCUUUAAAAGCCAAGAGUGUCGUCUUGAAAAGGAGGCGUAAGUGACCCUCACAGAUC